AUGUCUGAAUCUACAAUCACUAAAACGAUCACAGUAUUACCUGGUGAUCACGUUGGUACCGAAAUCUGUAAUGAAGCAAUCAAAGUCCUCAAAGCCAUUGAAGAAUCAACUCCCUAUCAAAAAAUCCAUUUUGAUUUCAAACAUCAUUUAAUUGGUGGUGCUGCCAUUGAUGCCACUGGCUCACCACUCCCCGAUGAAUCCUUAGAACUGGCCAAAUCGUCCGACGCAGUGUUGUUGGGAGCUGUAGGUGGACCCAAAUGGGGUACUGGAUCAGUUCGUCCUGAACAAGGAUUAUUGAAAAUCCGUAAAGAAUUGAACCUUUAUGCCAAUAUCCGUCCUUGUAAUUUUGCUAGUGAAUCUUUAUUGGAGUUGAGUCCCUUGCGUUCUGAUAUCGUUCGUGGUACCAAUUUAAUCAUUGUUCGUGAAUUAGUUGGUGGUAUCUAUUUUGGUGAACGUCAAGAACAGGGUGAAAGUGCUGAUGGUGAAACCGCAUGGGAUACUGAAAAAUACACCGUUGCUGAAGUGACGAGGAUUACUCGUAUGGCGGCAUUUAUGGCAUUACAACACGAUCCACCAUUGCCUAUUUGGUCGUUGGAUAAAGCAAACGUAUUGGCUUCAUCAAGAUUAUGGAGAUCAACCGUGGAUAAAGUCAUUUCCUCUGAGUUCCCUCAAUUAAAAGUACAACAUCAAUUGAUCGAUUCAGCAGCUAUGAUUUUGAUUCAAAACCCAACUAAAUUGAAUGGUAUUAUAAUCACAUCCAAUAUGUUCGGUGAUAUCAUUUCCGAUGAGGCUAGUGUGAUUCCCGGAUCAUUGGGUCUUUUACCUAGUGCUUCAUUGGCAUCACUACCAGAUACAAACAAGGCGUUCGGUCUUUAUGAGCCAUGUCAUGGAUCAGCCCCUGAUUUGGAAGAGAAUAAAGUUAAUCCCAUUGCCACUAUCUUGUCAGCUAGUUCAAUGUUGAGAUUGAGUUUGGAUUGCGUUAAGGAGGCUGAAGCUUUGGAAGAGGCUGUGAAGCAAGUUUUGGAUAAGGGUAUCAGAACCGGCGAUUUGAAGGGAAGUAAUAGUACAACUGAAGUUGGUGAUGCUGUUGCUGAAACUGUUAAAAAGAUAUUACAAUCGUAA